AUGGCCGGAGGCGACGCGUCAUCGGGGGCGGCGCCGGUGCCGGAGACGGCGGGGGAGGCGGAGGUGGACGCGGGCUUCGAGUUCGCCUUCGACAACGAGGCCUUCUCCGACAGGGUCCUGCGGAUAGAGGUCGUCGGCGCUGGCCGGAAGCGCCGCCGUGAAGGUGCAAAUGGGCAAGGAGUGAGGAGGUGUGAGGAUGGAGAAGGUAAUACACCAGUUUUACGAGUCAAGACUGUACAUAUCAGUUCAGUGAUUCUCGCCGCAAAAAGUUCUUUCUUUUUCAAGCUUUUCUCAAAUGGCAUGAAAGAAUCUGGUCAGAGGCAGUCAACAGUUAGAAUUGCUGAUUCAGAGGAAAAUGCCUUUAUGGAGCUUUUACGGUUUAUGUACAAUGGAAGGUUGACACCAACAACUGAGUCCACUCUUCUGGUUGAUAUCUUGAUGGCUGCUGACAAAUUUGAUGUCGUUUCGUGCAUCAAGCUUUGCGGUCAGCGGCUCAUAGGCCUGCCUAUGACCCUAGAAUCCGCAGUGAGGUGCCUAGAUCUCCCAUGUUCCAUUUCAAUGGCAGCUGACCUGUCAGAGGCAGCCAAGAAAUUCCUUGCUAAAAGAUACAAGAAAUUCCUGUCAACAAAAUUCCAAGAUGAACUGAUGAGGAUUCCCCUCGCUGGGAUUGUGGCCAUCUUAUCACGGAAUCUCCCUGGGGUUGCAUCUGAAAAAUCCGUCUAUGACUUUGUGCUCAGGUGGGCCGACUUGCAGUACCCAAAUUCAGAACAAAGACGCGAGAUUUUAAGUUCAAGUUUACUUCCAAUGGUGCCACUACGGCGUAGCAUGACCAAUGUGAUCCUAAUUGAUCAGCCGUCUUGUAUAAUUAACUUCAGUCUAAAGCGUGAGCACUGCUUUGGGAGCUUCCCAUCAGGAUCGAUGCGCUCGCCACCAUUCUAUUGUGCGGGGCAUGGUUUCUUUCUCUCAGCACACCGUAGAAUGGAGCCGUCCAACUCUUUUGUCCUCAUAAUACAGAAGCUAGAAGACAAGGGCCUAGUAAGGGGGACAGUAGAUUAUGAUAUUGAGGUAAAAACAACACCGUCGCUGGAGUUCACCACCUUGUGGAGGCGCACCACCACCACCGGUUGUACGCAAGGUUUUGGAUGCAGUGUUCCUUGGUCAGAGGUCAUUCCUGACGAUAGCCCCUUCUUCAUUGAUGACAAACUCCAUAUUCGAGUUCAUGUGAAGAUAACGCCGCAGCCGUAG